AUGCCAUUAGAGGAAUCGAUUGGGUCGAAGCAUCUUCCAACAUUAUAUGAGAAUCUUCGUCUGAGCGAUCAAGGGCUGUGGAGUGAGUUUGCUCGCUCGGUAAAUUGCGAAACAGUGUUUCCUCCGGCAGUUGAUGCUGUAAUAACGCCAUUCCAAAAAUUGAUCGUUAUCCAAACCAUUCGACCGGAAAGAUUGCAUUCUGCUAUGGUGGCUUUUGUCAGUAAAACAUUAAAUGUGGCAGCAGUGAAUCCACCUCCACUCAACUUAAGAUCGAUUUUCAAAUCAGAAAGCAGUGAAAAUGAACCAAUUUUAAUAUUUGUUAGCACUGGAGUGGAUCCUUCUGAAGAACUGGAAGAGUUGGUCAGAAAUGAACGAUUGGAAGCUAAAUUCCAUCAAAUUUCAAUGGGUCAAGGACAGUGUGAAGCAGCUCUUACAGCUAUCCGAACGUGCGCUAAAAAUGGAGGUUGGGUGUGCCUGAAGAAUGUUCAUCUUGCGAUUAAUGAUUUAAUGGCUGUUGAGAAGGAGUUUUUGUUAUCAAAACGCGUUCCCAGCUUUCGAUUGUGGUUAACUUCAGAAUCGACGGAAAAUUUGCCACUGCAAUUAAUACAGACGUCUUUAAAAAUUAUUUAUGAGUCACCACAUGGUAUGAAGAACAAUAUGAAAUUAAUUUAUUCUGAAUGGCAGAAUUCUGAUCGUAUUUUCGGUGCUGCAUAUUUGCAAACUUUAUUCUUUUUGGCUUGGUUACAUACAAUUCUGCAGGAACGACUAAUGUUCAUUCCUCAAGCUUGGCUGAAAUGCUACGAAUUUAGCGACAGUGAUUUGCGAGUAGCGAAGAAAUUUGUUGAAAGAUUCAUUAAAGGGAACGGAGAUUUCGAUUGGUCAUUACUGCGUGGCCUUAUCGAAAUUGUUGCUUACGGUGGACGUAUCGACAAUGAUUUUGAUAUUAGUAUUUUGACAACAUAUUUGAAACUCUAUUUCAAUUCUUCCGUGAUUGGCGCAAAUAAUUAUGAGAUUGCUCAAAAUAUUCUAGUCCCAUUUUCAAGCAAUAUUAUGGAUUAUAUCGAUGUAAUUGAGAAAAUACCAGAAGAAAACAGUUCUGUUCUACUCGGCUUACCUGCAAAUAUCAGUACUACUCGCUUAAUUACUGAAGGACAAGAAACAAUCUAUAAAAUCCGUAAUCUACAGAUUGUUAAUGCUGAAGACCUUGCAACUGACAGGAAUGAAUGGAACAAAUUACUGGGUCCAAUCUUAUCGCUUUGGAAACGACUAAUUUCUCACUCAGCAUUGCAUUCCAUGAAUAAACGAUCAUUACAGCAUACUGAUGACCUUAUUUUAGAAAUCAUUUCCUUGGAAUACGGAUAUGCAGUAACAGUGAUCCAAAAUGUUCACAUAUAUCUUGCAGCCAUAAGCAGAUGUCUACGUGGCAAUCAACCACCUUCACCUAAUGUUUUAAAUGGCAUAAGGUCACUCAUGUUGCAUGAGACACCAAAAGAAUGGCAAGAAGUUUGGCAAGGACCACAAGAUCCUGUUCAAUAUUUAACCCUUCUUGUGCAAAAGGCAAAUUCCGUAAAUGAAUUAUCGCGAAUUAAGGAUAGUCGUCUCAUAUUAAGUGCUCCUAUUAAACUUGGCACAGUUUUUCGACCUAUUAACUUCUUUAAUGUGCUACGACAACUAACUUCAAGGCUAUUUCAUUUUUUGACUUCGACAAUUCUCGCUAAAUAUUUUAGGGAAAAAAAUAUAACAAUGGAUCGACUGAAAUUAUCUACUGCAUGGAAUGCUGCACUUUUUGAAGAUAAAACGUAUAUACUAGAAAUAUCCGGAAUUUGUAUUCAAGGAGCACUGUUUGAAAAUUAUAUCGUUGAAACUGAGCAAACAUCCCCUUCUGUCACAGUGGCACCAAAUCUGUUUAUUGCAUGGAUUCCAGUUGAUGCACCAGAUGUGUACAAAAGCUAUAAUUCAGUGUCGGUUCCUCUUUAUGCUACUCCUGAACGAAAUGAAUUUAUCGCCAAAGUCCAGAUACCUUGCACAAAUCCGGAACAGUGGAUUAUCGCUUCAGUUGCUUUGUUUUUAUCGAAUUAG